UACACAAGAAAAAUGUAAAUGGGGAAACAUAGUCGCAUAACGAAAGAAGAAACAAUCCGACCCGAAAGAGCAACACCCGAACAAACAAAUCGGGAAAAGUAAAGCAAUAACAAUGCCGUUACCAGCAACCGUUUCUGCUCUCAGCUCUUUCACAGGGACCUUAUCCACCAUAACCGCGCAAUCUUCAUUCCCUCCAAAACGCAACGUUUCACAUUCCCCUUUUCCGAUUUUCUCUCGCAGAGACAUAGCAUUCCUUUCCUUCCUCUCUCUCUCUGCACCUGCCUCCGCCAUUGACAUUGGCAUUUCAGGACCAAAGGAUUGGUUAAAAGAGCAAAAGAAGAAAUCCUCAAAGUUCUUAUUAGCACCCGUCGAUGCCUCUCGCGAAACACUUCGUUCUGCUUAUCUUUUCCUCACGGAAACCGACGCUGCUUAUACCGAUGAGGAUUUACCGAAAUUUCAGCAGCUAUUCAGAUCUGCUGCUAGGGAUUGCGUUCCACAGGAUAGGAAUUCUUUCGUCGCUUUCCAAGCUAACACCGGAGUAGAGGUGUGCACGUUUCGGUUGCUUGUGAAGAACGCAGCCUCCUUGCUUGGAAAAAAGGAUCCUGUAAAGUUAGAAGCUGAAGCUUUGUUAGAUAAUCUUAUAAGAUCUUUCACCUCUAUCAGUGGGAUGGCAAAUGAAACCAACAUUGGACUUGCAUCAGAUAGGAGAAAGAUAGCAAAUGCUGUAUCGGAUACAAUAACAAGCCUUGACAAAUUUGAGCAAGGAAUUAAGGAUUGCCUAGAAAUCUGACUGUAAAUAGCCUGUUCUACUUUUUGAAGUGGAACAUUGAUUUUUAAAAUGUCAUUUAAGUGCAUGCUUCUGGCUUUAUCAAUCAAGUACGGGUUUUAUGAUGUCUACUUUCCUUUGAUUUCUUAUAUUUAUCUUUUUUUUUUACUUGCUAUAUAUUGUCGUAACGUGAAAGGUACAUGUAGUGCCUGUAUUAGUCGCAAACUUUAAUAACAAAAUGUGCUAUCAAGCAUCAUCAUUAGAAUACAAUUUGGAUUA